AUGACCACCCCUAAGCAGAUGUUCUGGCUGACUCAGAUCCUCCUGAAGAACCUCAGGAUCAACAUGAGCGAGACCACGCUGUUCAAGGCAUGGCACCCAGAUGCUGUCGAGUACUAUAAUAAGUGUGGCGCCAGCCUCCGAGCUGUUUUCAACACCAUGAUAGAUCCCAGCACCCACUUUGACACGGGCAUCAUUCCCGGCAGGGCGGUCCGGCCACAGCUGGCCUUGGGCACGGGCUCAGUGGAGUAUGCCUUCAAGCGCAUGCAGACCAAGCAGGGGCUUGCACGGCCCUUUCUCCUGGAGACCAAGUUUGACGGCGAACGCAUCCAAGUGCACCGUGAUGGUAAUGGCGUGUACUCCUACUUCUCGCGCCGCGGCAUCGAGCACGGCCAGCACAGCCGGUACAGCGCGUUUGACCCCGUGCUGCGCCGCCAGCUGCCGGGCCAGGCGCGCUUCAUCCUGGACGGGGAGAUGGUGGUCUGGAACAGGAAGAAAGGACGAUUCGAGCCUUUUGGGGGCCUGAAGACGGUCAUGCACGCUGCAGGGCGGCGUUCGCGCCCCGGCGAGCAGCUGGAGGUCAUGGACCUGGAGGGGCUGGGUCUGGAGGAGAGCGACCCGACGUACUCCCCACCCCGGAUCAAGGAUGUGGAGCUGGUGUACAUCGCGUUCGACAUUGUGUACCUCGACGACCGACCCACCACCCACCUAGCGCUGAGGGAGAGGCACCGCCUGCUGGCAGCUCUGCUGCAGUCACGCGACGCCGUUGCGAUACCUACAUCUGGGGUGAUGGGGCGAGUGGUGCCCCUGCUGCCGGGGGAGACGCGGUUCAACGACGUCCUGUUCUCCCGGGAGGGCAGGACCCAGGAGGACAUACAGGAGGCUCUGGACCAGGCAAGGCCAACUGGCACGGCGCUGAAGGACGAGGGCAUUGUCAUCAAGGCGCUCGACUCGAUGUGGACCACCAACGACCGGUCGGGGUCUUGGCUGAAGAUCAAGCUGGAUUACGUGAGGAACAUGGACAUCGACGCCGUCAUCGUCGGCGGCUGGUAUGGCCAGGGCCGACGGGGCGACGCAAUCUCCCAGUUCCUCCUUGCACUGGCGGUGCCCAACCCUGUCUCCGGGGAAGCUCCCAGCUCCUGGCUGACGUUCUGCCGGGUCGGCACCGGCGUGACCGACGAGGAGCGAGCUUCACUGAAUGCCCAGCUGAAGCACCUGUUCCUGGAUGGGAAGAGUGUGCCACCCCCUUGCCUGCAGACCACAGGCAGGGAGGCGCCGGAUGUGUGGAUCAAGGAUCCCUCGCAGUCGGUGGUCCUGGAAGUGCAUGCCGACCUGAGGACCAUCCCAUCCAGCACCUUCGCGACCAAGCUCUCCCUCCGCUUCCCUGCGGUGCAUGACAUAAGGUGGGACAAGGUGCCUUGCCAAGCCACCACCGACGCGGAGCUGAGGGGCCGAAUCAGGGAGGGCCUCCCGCGGGAAACGCAAGCCAGCGACGGCACGGGGACGGCCGAGGCCUCGUCUGGGCUGGUGAGGUCCCCCAGCCAGUACACGCCCCGCAAGCGCCCGACCCGACCCUCCCUGGCUUGGGACACGCCUCCCCCAGGGACGGCUAAGCGGCCGCGCCUCGCGCUCUCUGUCGUCGGGACCUACCGACCCGCAGACACCUCAGAUGUCCAGGUGGUGGGCUCCGACCUGGCAGACGACCUUGUGCACUUUGCCGGGCACGCCAGCAUGUCCGGCGAGCGGCGGCGGCGGCUGGAGAGGGGUGUCGCCGGGCUCGGGGGGCGGGUCUCCCAAAACCUGGUGCCCCGCGUGACCCUUCUCCUCGCAGAUGGCGCCGACUCGCUCGCCGCACGGGCCGCGAUCAAGCAGGACCGGGACCUGGUGCACACCUCCUGGCUGGAGGCCUGUAUGGUGGAGGGCCGAGCCGUGGCGAUGAGACCCCGGCACUACGUCCACCUCAGCUCGGAGCGGGCGCUGGAGCGUGGGAGGGAGUAUGGGGACGCAGGCGACGAGGACUUGACCCCGGAGGAUGUAGAAGCCAUGCUGGAGCGCCACAUUCGCGUCGAGGCGCUGUCGGCGCCCCGCCUGCUCGCCGAGCUGCGGGGCCCGGGCGCCAGGGUGGCGCCUUUUCCCAGCACGGCGGAUGUACGCGAGCUGGAGGUCUUGACUUGCGCUGAGCUGGCCGGAGUGCCGGGGAGCGCCGGCCGGCAGCAGGAGGCUGCUCUGGCGGGGAGCGGGGCCAAGCGGGUCGCCGCCGCGGCUUUUGAUUGCUGCGUGGUGGACCUGGCGCGGGACCACGACGGUGCGAGGGAGCAGGGGGACUACCUGCGGGCCUCGCUGCGGCUCAUGGGCGCCAGGGUGGACGAGGUGGCUGGCGAGGUUACCGGCCUCUUCGUCUGCCUGCGAGGCAAGCGCGGCGGCGAGGUGCGCGGCGCGGACGUGCUGGAGGCGCUGCAGGCCGGGCGCGACCCCGGCACGGGCCUGGAGGGCCUCCGGGCGCGACUGAGCGGCGGCGCGUGCCGGCUUGUGGACCCUGGCAUGGACAUCUGUUGA